AUGGGUAUUCCAACGUUUUCGGAGGAACUCAGGGAUAUCGAGCAUAGGCUAGCUGUAUUGUCCUUGAACCAGCCCGAGAAGGACGCGAUGCCUAAGAAAGAGGUUCAUCAUACCGGCAAGAGGGCUCUAGAAUCCCCUCCUAAAAAAACCUUCUUUUCGCUGCCACUGGAGGUGCGGCGAAUGAUUUACGAGGCAAUCUAUGAGUAUGAUUGGGCCGCUGACGGUAUACUCGACUAUGCACAGCAAGGUCUAUACUACUACAAGACAUCAUUCCCAUCCAUGGGACUCACUCUAGUUUGCAGAAAAAUGUACAACGAAGUUACUCCGCACAUAUAUAAGAGAGUGAGAAUAGGUCUUCCUCUCCAAGACUGGCAUAGAUUCUUCUGUGAGAUUGGCCCUCACAAUACAUGCCAUUUCCAACACAUCACGAUCGACUACAACUGCUCGCUGUGGGGAGGUGCCUCGGACUGUUGGGGACGGGAUGAAUACAAAGAUAACUACAACAAAUGGGAAGGAAUAUUUCGGAGCCUUUAUCACGGACACGUAAAGCCUAAAAGCGUCAUGGUUUAUUACGACCCUUGCGAAGACUACCAUACGACAGAAGACGGUAUGCCGGUGGACGGUUAUCAAUACCGCCGCUGCCAAGUUUACGAAGACAUGUGGUUCGUCGAGGGUAUCAUUCGGUGUUUUUCGGAAGCCUGGAAGAUAGAAAUGGCUGGCAAAUUCAAUCCUCUCUGGGGACAUCUCUUACGCGAAGGUCUCGACUUCGUUCUUAAACGUACUGGCGACCGACGAAUAACACUAUUCAAUCCGGAUUUUAUCCGCCCUUCUGUCGACCUAAAGGAUUGCAUCAAAAAUCCUGACGGCAUCUAUGAUAAGAUCGAGAAGAAAUUGCCCGAAUCACCUUGGGGAUCGGGGUGGGGCAACACGGAUUAA